GUCUGACUUCUCUUCUGAUGGUAAACGUCAUAAUAACCAAGCACAGCAAGAGCUUUAAUAAACAAGUCAUUGAAAGCAAGAGCUUAAGCAGUCACAGAGGAGAUGCCAGCAGGUCAUAAAGGAGCGCGAGACAGAGCUACAGGAUCUGAGUCACGCCGUCCUCUCUCUCAGGAGCUCUGCCCUGGCAGCAGUGGAGGACACGGAGAAGAUCUUCAGUGAGCUGAUUCUGUCCAUUGAGGCACUGUGUUUCAAGGUGACAGAGAUGAUAAAAACAAAGGAGCAGAUGGAAUUAGACGAGGCACAUGGAUUUAUGGAGAAACUAGAGCAGGAGAUCUCAGAGCUCAGGAGGAGAGAUGCUGAAUACGACACGCUUGCACGCCUUGACGAUAAAACCCAGUUCCUGAAGAGUUAUGAAGCACUGUGUAGUCAGCCGGAGUUGGUGACUUCUCCUGCAGUUCUAGUCAAUCCGGACUUCACUUUUGAGAGGGUGUCAAGAAAACUCACAUAUCUCUGUGAGGACAUUAAAGAUCUGUGCCAGAAGAAAUCGGAGAAAUUGUCAACAAAAGUGACAAACCUGAAGUUUAUUCCUACUCCUGAACCUAAAAUCAGAGAGCAGUUUUUGGAAUAUUCGGGUCCCCUGACUCUCGACCCGAAUACGGCUCACAGAAACCUCAGCGUUUCCUCAGAGACCGGCGAGGUGAUGUGCAGUAAAACCUCUCUAUCCGUUCCUGACCACCCAGAGAGGUUUGACAGCUAUUACCAGGUCCUGUGCAGGGAGAGCGUGUCCGGUCGAUGUUACUUCGAGGCAGAGUGGAGCGGGAAGGGUCCUGUGCACAUCUCAGUGUCCUAUGAGGACAUCAGCAGGAAAGGAAAGAGCACCCUGUGUGCUUUUGGACACAACGCCCAGUCCUGGAGUCUGGUGUGCUCUGAGGAUACAUAUGCAUUCUGGCACAAUGCACGGGAAACUAAGAUUCCCAAAAUGCAGUGGGCUCGCAGGACUGGCGUUUAUGUUGACUUCUCUGCAGGAAUUUUGGCGUUUUACAGCAUCACAGACUCAUUGAAUCUCAUCUACAGAAUUCGUACUGCAUUCACUCAACCGCUCUAUCCUGGAUUCAGAAUUAACACCGGGUCCAGUAUGAGGCUCUGUUAUCCACUUUAAUGCCAUGAAAUGGAGAUUACUCAGUUCUUGAGAAGUUCUUUGAAACUUAACAAAUGAAGCAUGAGAGGUCAGGCUCUACUGGUUGUUAACAUUAGUUAACUACAUUAGUUGACAUUAGCUAACAAUAUAAAGUGAUUCUAAAGCUUAUAUCAAUCUUUGUUAAUUUCUUCAUUUACUAAUAUAAUAUUAAAAUCAAAAGUUGUAUCUGUUAAGAUUAUUUAAUUGUUCUGAGCUAACAUGGACUAGCAGUGAAAAUCUGUAUUUUAAUGUAAUAAACACUGUAACAAGUGCUCAUUGAAAAAGUGAAGUGACAUACAACCAGGUAUGGUGACCCAUACUGAGAAUUUGUGCUCUGCAUUUAACA